UCCUAAAGAUCUAUCCGUCUGGGGUUGAGGCAGGGGGGCGAUCACUUGGCAAUCCCGGCCUCUGGACUCGGCAAGGACAGGCGGGACAGCCUCAGCUCCACCUGGGCGCUUCAGUCUAGGGCCUGAGGCAGCCCCGGUCGGUCCUGGUUCCGCCGUCCUCCUCUCCGCGACCUCAGUUGGGCAUGUUUUCCAGAGCCCAGGUGAGGCAGGUUCUGCAGCGGGUGCCCGGAAAGCAGCGACUCGGCAUCUACAGGUUUCUGCCCUUCUUUUUUGUCCUGGGAGGAACGAUGGAGUGGAUCAUGAUUAAUGUGCGCGUGGGCCAGGAGACCUUCUAUGAUGUCUACCGUAGAAAAGCCUCAGAAAGACAGUAUCAGAGAAGGCUGGAAGAUGCAUCGGAGACUGAACUUCAACAGUCAAUAAAGUGAAUAUGAAAUUUUA